AUGGUAGUCCAGAAGAAGGAAAGUACACAGCUAGGGAAUGGACACGUUAGUGACACAGAGAGUCAAAAUGUUUGGACCAUCAGUGAUGUGAAUCGGGUGGAGAAGAUCUACACUUAUAAUGAGGCACUUGAGUUGGCAGGUCAUGGCUUGUACAACAUUGGACUUCUGUUUACCCUCAUUUUGGGUAUGCACGCUUUAGCCAUGGAAAUUUUUGGAUUUUCCAUUGUGGUACGUGGGGCAACCUGUGACUUCAAGUUGCACCAAAGUCAGAAGAGUAUAUUGCUUGCCAUGCCGUAUUUAGGAUCUAUUUUCAUGUCUUACCCAUGGGGGUACAUCGCCGAUACUCAAGGCAGGAGGAGAGGUCUCAUCAUUGCGCUAUGGGGUAGUUUUAUAGCAGCUGUCGUUAGUGCCUUCUCUGUAAACUGGAUUACGUUGGCUGUCCUAAAGUUUAUAAGUUCGAGCUUCUCCAGCGGAAUCCAGUCACUGGCUUACACACUGCUGGGCGAGUCCUGUGCUGAGCGAUACAAGAACCGGUAUCUAGUGAUCCUCACCAGCUCUCUUAUGACCAGUUUUUGUAUUUAUAUGGUGUAUGGGUUCUUCGUUUUAAGAUUGACGUUUUCUCUCGACAUGGGUCUCAUCACAUUCACGCCCUGGCGACUUUUGACCUUGAUUUUAGCAUCUCCUCUUGGUGCUACUCUUCUCCUUGUGAGCUUAUUCCACGAGAGCCCCAAAUACUUAUUAAACGCUGGAUUUCAUGAUAAGGCUUUAGGCAUCCUGAAGAAAAUACACAGAACAAAUGGAAAGUGCAACUAUGAAUAUUCAGUGAAGAAAAUCGUAGUCAAUGAGACUGGUGCGAAAAUAAGAAAUGUGGACGUGUCUCUAAUGAAGUCUUUAAAAGAUCAGACCGUACCGCUAUUCAAGCCGCCCAUACUUUACCGAACUCUGCAACUUUUUUAUUUAACUGUGGUUAUCUACAGUCCGAGCAAUGGUUUAAUAAGCUGGCUGCCGUUCUUGGCCGAAUCAUUUUCCACGAACUGGGGGUCGUCCAGCAGUAACAACGAAACGCAGGAUUUUUGCAGCAUGAUUGUGACGUCACAAAAUGUUCAAGAGGUCGCCGGUGUGGAGAGUUGUCUAUCAUCUAUAAACAUUGAAAGCGUAUGGAUAAGCUUGAUCCAUGGGAUAUCAUUCACCACGGCAUGUCUCAUCAUGGCUAUGGUGGCCAACAGGAAGAGAAUGUUACUGAUUGUAAUCUUUAUUGUCUCCGGCGGGAGCGGCCUCAUCAGCGUCAACGUAACUGACAAGAUAGCCAGCAUCAUUUUCUUCUUCGGGAUGAUACUAGAUUGUCUCGGUAUCGCAAUCGUGUUUUCUUAUUUCGUCGAUCUUUAUCCCACUUCUUAUCGUGGUAUGGCAUCAUGUCUAGGAGUAAUGGUUGCCCGUGCCGCCGCAGUUGCCGGCGUCAGUUUGAUCGGAAAAUACAUGUUUUCGCACUGCACGGAGUCCAUGUUUGUGUGGAGUAUAAUUAUCUUGAGCGGAGUUGUUGCGUCGAUCUUCCUUCCGCCAGACAAAAUCGAAAAAGAAUAA